UUUCUCCCUCAAAAUUUCGUGGAACUGCCAUCUGGAAAGGAAUUUGUCAUACACAUGAGCAUGGCCUGGACUUGGUGGAGUCCGAAAAUGGAAGCAUAGUCUGGAAACCAUCUCAGGAUGGUAACUUCACUCUAUCAUCUGCAUUUCAAGAAGCACUUAGGGCAUGGUACAUCAAGAUUGACUCCUUUAUCAACAAAGGUUUCAACAGGAGUGAAAAUGAGACAACUCUCUAUGUGAAGAAUCAAGGUAUGAAUGAUUUCAUCAUAGUUUGUCUCUAUGUUGAUGAUAUAAUCUACUUCGGCUCUUCACAAAGUAUGUAAGAAAGUUUUAAAAGGUCAAUGAAGCGGGAAUUUGAGAUGACAGACCUAGGCAUCUUGCAGUAUUUCCUUGGUUUGGAGGUCAAACAAGGAAAAGAUUGAACUUUCCUGUGCCAAAGGAAGUAUGCUAAGGAUCUACUUCAAAGAUUUCACAUGGAGAAAUGUGAAUUAGCCCGGACACCUAUAAAUACAAAUGACAAGUAGUUGCAGAGGAAUGG